AUGGAAGUCCAAGCCUCGGCCGUCACAGCGGCGGCCGCCAACUUGCACGCUCUGCGACAGCACGUCUUCAAGAUGUCUGAUUAUUGGCAGCAGCCGCAACGAGGCCCGCCUCAGCAUUCGCCGGGGAUACAGCAUAGUCCGAUAUCAAAUUCUACGCAACAACAACAGCAUCAGCAGGUUUCGCAGAUGCACAGUCCCCUUGGCCAGCAACAGCAACAACAACAGCAGCAGCAAGCGGCGGUGUCGCAAGUACAACAGAACGCCAAUUCUGGCCUAGGUCAAGCGACGAGUCCGCAACAACAAUUGCAGCAGCAGCAACAACAACAGCAACAACAUGCGAUGUCGAUGAAUCAGCAGGCCUCUCAGGGUGCGCAACAUCAAUCUUCCCCAGCACCCACUACACCGUCGCCACAUGCGGAUCACCAAGGUGCCAUCGCCUCGAGCAUGGCCCAAAGUCUCCACACGUUGGCGGCACAGGCCCAACAGAGUAUGUCUCAAACGUCGAGCCCAUCGCUGGGCGUUCAAGCUGCUCAAGCUCUAAGCCAAAACCUAGGACAAGCAUUAACGCAGGCCCUCACUCAAAACAUGCAACAGAAUCUCGGUCAAACGUUGCAGCACAAUCUGGCGCAAAGUUUGACGCCCAAUCUGUCGCCUCAACAACAACAGCUGCUGAAUCAACCGCAAAACCUAAGUCAAACCAAUCAAAGCUUGCAGAAUAUUCAAAGUCAGGCGCAAAAUCUUUCCCAGACGUUACAACAGCAGGCGCAAAAUCUAACGCAAAACCUCAGCCUCAGUCAACAACAGGCGUUGCAGCAGCAGGCACAGAAUCUCACGCAAAAUCUUCAACAACAGGCGCAAAACUUGACGCAAAAUUUACAACAGCAAGCACUUAAUAUGGCCGGUACAAUCGGACAAAACGGUGCGUUAACCGGUAUGAACAUGUCGGGUAGUCAACAACAAAACUCGCAGAAUUCGAUGCUUAGUCCUGGCGCGACCAGCCAAGACUCCCACGACGCUACACUCACGGAGAAGCUCGUCAACGAGUUACAGUCUCGUGCCUCUGCGGCGGGGCUUGGUGGUGCAGGAGGUGCUGGCGGAGGCGGAGGAAUGGGCAACAUCAGCGAACGCACCCUCGAGGAAUGCUGGUCCACCCUGCAGCGAUUCUUCUCGCAGAUCUUCAUGCACAAGAGCGCGAUGCAGAUGCACGCGAGGGAGCUGGGUGCUGGCGCACUGACGGCAAGACCCGGGGGUGGCGUCGCAGGAGGCCUCGCGGGUCUCAGCGUCGGUGUUGGCGUUGGCGUCGGACCCGGGGGCAUGAUCACCGGUAACGAGGUCAAACCACACCAGUGCCAGCAAUGUCUCAAGUCCUUCUCGAGCAAUCAUCAGCUCGUGCAGCAUAUCAGGGUUCAUACCGGCGAGAAGCCCUAUAAGUGCAGCUACUGUGACCGCAGGUUCAAACAACUUAGCCAUGUGCAACAACAUACCAGGCUACACACGGGUGAACGACCGUACAAGUGCCAUUUACCGGACUGCGGACGGGCUUUCAUCCAACUAUCGAACCUUCAGCAACAUCUUCGGAAUCACGAUGCCCAGGUGGAAAGGGCGAAGAACCGGCCGUUCCACUGCAACAUCUGCGGAAAGGGCUUCGCCACGGAGUCCAGCCUCCGUACCCAUACGUCGAAGGUCAGUCAUGAGUUGCAACAGCGUGUUGUGUUCCAGCAACACGCCGCCCUGAUCGGCGGCCCGAACGCAACCAGCUGUCCUGUCUGCCACAAACUCUUCCUCGGUGGCGAAGCUCUGAUGGAGCACAUGAAGCACACCCACAAGGAUCCAAAUGCCUCCGGCGUUGCCAUUCCCUCCGCUGACUGCACAACCUCCGUUGCCGGGGUUUACCUAGCGAAGCGACGGACGGCCAACCACCCGUGCCCGGUGUGCGGAAAGCACUACGUCAACGAGGGUAGCCUUAGGAAGCAUCUAGCCUGCCAUCCUGAGACCAGUCAACUUAGCACGAGCCUCAGAAUGUGGCCGUGCUCGGUGUGUCAAGCGGUCUUCACUCACGAGAGCGGUUUGUUGAGUCAUAUGGAACACAUGAGGAUGGAUCCGAAACAUCAGUUCGCGGCGCAAUACGUGUUGAGUCGCGCGGCGGCCGAUAGGAGAGAAAGGGAAAUUCUCGCGAGUUCGAGUCUAGGUGCGGGGCUAGGUGUUUUGGGAGGUCAAUCUGGAGGACCACAAAAUUUGCAGCAACCACCGAUGUGCCCAUCGCCGUCGGCCCACUCCGAUAGCAGCAGUGGAAACGGACGGCUAUCGUCGGCCGGAAGUGAACCUGAUUUCUGCGCAGGCACCGGUCUAUUGAACAACAACAACAAUAACAACAACAACAACAUGGCAUCGCCAGGACCCAGCGGUAACAAGCUGAGUGAAAUGUUGAGAGCGGGCAGUCAGCCGGGUUCCGCGCAACAAUAUCACGACGAGAUGCAAUCGCAACAACAACGCAUGGCCGUCAUGGCCGCCGCCGUGUCAGCGGGUCUACAAAACUCGGUGUCGCCGAAUUUGUCGCCCGUAGACAUGGCGUCGUUAGCGGCAGCCAUGAGGAUGGGUAACAACGGAGAUAUGAGCGGCAGUGCUCAAGGAUCGGCUGGAUCUCAACAGCAAGGCGUUCAGGCUACCGGACCCGAACAAGCUCUGAGAAUGCAUCAAGCGGAAGCUUUGUUACGUUCUCAAGCUGAAGCUGCCCUUCGGCUAGCGGUGUCCCAGGCAGCGGCCGCAGCGGCAAGUUCAGCGGUUGGGGGAGAUGUGAGACAUCAUCUAACGCAACAUAAUGGCGGCGGAACUUCCGGUAUACCAGGACAUCACGCGAAUCAACAAAUGUCACAGCAAGACAGCUUGUCGCCCGAGUUCGGGGAAGCUCUACGCCUACAGGAGCAACGAUUAGAGCAAGCCCUGAGGCUUCACGGUGACCCACGCGCCCUGAGUUUUACCAUCCAGCAGGUGGUCAAUCAACAGAACAAUCAGCAACCAUGAAAGUUCAGUUACUACUGAGACGAGUGGACCCCUUGGACGCAAGAGCAGACGGCUCUGCAGCAAGUCGAGCGUAUGAACCAACAGCAGCAGCAGCAACAUCAACAACAAGCAUCGGAACGCUUGACACCUUUAAACAAUCAUCAGCAGCAGAGCUCGUCCGGCAUCGGCCAUCACCAGCAUCAGCAACAACAGCAGCAACAUCAUCAAGAGGAUCGGGGUGUCAAGAGGAAAGUAGAAGACAUGCUCGGUAAUGCCGAAAACGCGUAAAAUGCGGUGCGUUCAAGUGCGGUCAUCAACGAAUACGCUCAACGUCUCAGCAGUAUGAAAAAGAAAAAAAUAUAUACGAAAGAAAAGAGCGCGCGGAAGUUUGAAAUAAGGGACUUCGUAGACGGACCGGACGAUUGUUUCUUAAAAAAAAAAAGGAAAAAAAGAAAGAAAGAAAACACGCCCGGACUCCGUUAGUUUUCGCGAUUCUCGCGAGAUCAACGAGCCGAACUUGUUUAGCCGUAUUGAAACUCGAUACUCCGUUCGAUUUAAAUGAUCCAUCGGAGAUGAUAUUAGAGACGUAGGUACGGCUAAUCCGUUGCACGGUGUCGAUUCGACGUAACAGUGGCGACGCUUGCCUCCGACUUUUACGAUGUUCCUCGCGUCGUACACGUUGUUCCUAUUUCGGUCCUAAAGGGAAAAACAAAAAAAAAAGAAAAAGAAAGAAAAAGAAUGUAUUGAUCUCGAUCGAGAACGUCGUGUACGCGACACCAGAAAAGAAGAGAGACAGAGAGAAAGAUAGAAGGAAGAAAAACAGGGAGUGCCACGUUAUUGGUGUUUUCGCGUGUAAAUAAUGGACGUUCUCGGGUCGUCUUCCGCCGACCCUUUUCUCAAAUCGCGAAUGCCGAUUGUUCUUCCGCAACUAUGGGAGAUAUAUACUCUUACUCUAUCCUCUUCUAUUUUAAGAUCCUCUGGGAUCACAGGUACGCGUCGCCACCGUUACAAGCUUGUGUCGUCACCCGAAACGUGCCAUAAUGAAUGAAUGGAAGACCGUAGUCGUCCGACUCGUCCUCGUUGUGUUUACUAACGCGAUCGCUCCUCGUCAGUCGGUCGCGUUUCGUAUCGCCUUGAGGACGUGUGACGCGGUACUUAUAUGACUUUUUUUAGUACAAGAGCCAUAACGACGGGCAACGAGAAUUCACAUGAUCACAAGUGAUCCUCCAGUCCGAUUCGCGGUUCAACAACCGAGCUAUAUGUAUAUUCAUAUAUUUAUAUAUACGUAUACAUAUAUAUAUAUAUGUAUAUAUAUAUAAAGUCUGCACGAACAUCGGUCAUUAUAUAUAUAUAUAUGUAUAUGUAUAUAUGUGUAUAUAUGUAUAUAUUUAUAUUUAUAUACAUAUGUAUGUACAUGUAUCUAUGUAUGUAUGUAUACAUACAAGCCAGUCUCAAGGUUCCCUUAAUCUUAAUCUCCCGUAACGUUUAAGAAAACGAAUAACACGCGAUACACACAGAACACAGAUGAAAAAAUAGAAAGAAAACAGAUAGAGUCGGAGUGAAACCGCCGUAAACGUAUACGUGCGUCGACAAAACGAUGAGAAGAUCGGUCGCACUCUCUCGAACGAGGGUAUAAGCCCUUCUCCUCGUAAUCGUAAUUCACGCUUACGGCUACGUGAAAGACACAUAUUAUAUACACGCAUACACACAAAGAAACUCCGUGAAGAGAAGAAAGAAAAUAGGAGGGCCGAACGUGUUUCUCAACGAGCGUGCCGCGUUCCCGAAAAACAAUGCAAACAAGUGUGAAAGAACAUUAGUGAUAAACACACACGCAGAGACGCACAUACCACACACACAGGCACAUACACAUAUAUAUAUACACGCGCUAAUAUAGCGUGGACAAAUGGGGAACGCAUCACACGCAUGUAACCACACACGCACGUAUAGACAUUUGGUAGGACACACUCUGUACACAUUAAGCACAUACUGAAAAUACAGUUACUGAUAAGAUACACAUGAAUAUACACACACACACACAUUAUAUAUAUAUAUAUAGACACACACAUACACACAUACGUACUGUGUAAACUCUUGAAGAAAAAAAAUGCGCGCAACUUGUGCUCGUGAUAGCACGAAAACUAUUAGCUCGUAAGCGGACAAACAAAAUAUAAUUAUUACAAACAGUUAUAUUAUAUAUAUUAUAUAUACAUACAGAGUAUGAAGAGUAUGAUGGAAGAAGCGAAGAGAAACAAAAAAGAAAAAAAAAAAGAAAAGAAUAGUGCACGGGUGCGAAGAGAGAGAAAGAGAGGGAGAGAAAGAGAGAGAGAGAAAGCGAGAGAGCGAGAAAGAGAGAGUGUAUGAAAGAAAGAGAGAAAGAGAGAGAGAGAAAGAGUAGAAAGUCACCCGAAUAAAGCACGCAAAACACACAUUUUAAAAUGAAAAAAAAAAUUUGAGCGUGAAUGCGAACGAACGUUUUUCGUGAGCGAGCACGCUCGAGAUGAUGAUGCAGAAGAGAUAAAUAAAAAAAAAACUAAAUGCUAAAUAUUAUAUAUAUAUUAUAUAUAUAAAUAUUAUAAAUAAUGAAUAUAGGGUCUAUGAGACUAGGAUAGUUAGGCGAAAGAGAAAUUUCGUGCGAGUGAGGCGAGCGCGUCUGUGUGAUUUUACGCGAUUCCGAGAAUCUUCGCCGAGAAAAUGUAAGUACGAAGAAUGAUUGAGAGAGAGAGAGAGAGAGAGAAAGAAAGAGAGAGAAAGAAAGAGAGAACGAAUGAGAGUUCGUGAGAAUGAGUACGAAUGUAAGAGUGAAAGAGAAACAGAGACAGAAGCAAUAACGAAAGAAAGAACGAGUGAAAGAGAUCGAUGAAUGUGGCGACGAAAUUGGAAACGACGCGUAAACGCACGGAUGCGCACGCGGUGCGAAUGUUAGAAUCGAGUAAAUGAGAAUGCUUCGUGAGCAUCAAGGAAGAGAACGAGUGCGUGAAGAUUAAAAAAAAAAAAGCGGAGCGUUUGAGAUUUUAGAAUGACGUGCUUCAGGUAAUCUGAGGUCCUGUGAUCGUUAUAAGCGAAAUAUUUUUUUAUUUCCGGGUAAUAUAUCUGAACGCGUAAAGCACUUGCGUCGUUUCGAACUUUUACUUGCAAUAUACCGUUACGUUCUCGCAAUACUUAGGAAGAAAGGAGAUUGAACAAAAACGAAAAAUGAAUAAAAUAAAGACGAAUAAGAAGAGAAAUGGAUGAGGAAAAAAUAAUACGAAGAUGAGGAUGACGAAAGGAUGAUGAAAGUGUAUCGUAGAAAGUCCGUACGUUUGACCGUGGAGCGAACUAUAGGAAAAAAAACUAUCGAGUCAACCCCUUCGUCCUUUUCAAAAGGCGAGCACUCAUACUUUAGAGUCCCAUUUAACCUUUCACGUUAAUUCACCUAAACCUUCACCAUCACGGAUUAACAAAUCUUUCGAUCUAGUUUCCAAUAUCUUGCCAUUUGAAAAAGAAAAAUAACGGAAUAAGAAAUAAUAUAUCGUGGAUCGUCCAUACUUUUGAUGGGGUUUCUUUCGACAUACAAAACGAAAUACAAAACGAAAGGAAAUGUUGACGGUUUACGCGCCAAAUCGAUGAAAUAACGAAACUGAAUUUUACGAUUAUAAUCAUUCGCGGAUGUAACAAUGAUCGAAAGCGGGAGAUAAUAAUAACGAUAAUAAAACCGAAAAAGUAAAUAUAAAAGGAAAACGAAGCCCUCUCUUGAAACAAAAGGAAAGAAAAAAAUUUUUUUGAAAUCAAUGCCGACAGUAACGGUGAUUAUUCGGACAAAGUAAUAAAAAAAAGAAUAGAGGGUUGAUUAAAAAUUAAGACGGAUCGGAAGUACAAAAGACGCGCGAUAAGAUUCGACUCAUUGUCAGGAGACGUUCGACUUCUUCGUUUCUUUGACUGACAAUCGCGGAACUAGUAGAGUGCGGAAACGAAUGGUAGCGUGCCGAAUAUAAUAAUCUCUUUCCUUCCCCCUUGACAUACGUCGAACCGCGUUGUUGUUGUUAUUGUUAUUGUUGUUGUUGGCCCCCAUUCGGAGAUUCUCGACGAGACUUUUCGUUCUUUACCGGCUCGUAACUUACCACCUAAUGAUAUCUCCCGCUUUCGUUGUUUCUUCUACGAUUUGAUUUCGUAAUGAAAAAAUAUAUAUAUAUCCUCACGAGUUUCCUUGACGAAGAAGGAAACUUUUUUCUGAAGAACCAUUUCGGAGCGACAAAUUUCUCAAAGAAAUUCAUUAAUAUUCUAUAAUUUAACACCGUGGAGUUUAACACGAGAAUGAAAAAGUGAAAGAUAAAAGUAAAAGAAAAAAACAAGAAAAAAAAACAAAAAAGAAAAACAAAUUAUUAAAAGUUAGAGGAGACAGGAAAAAAAACCCAUCCAAAGAAGGAAACCGAUCGAUUUUAAUUUUGUGCUAAAUCUAGAACGAAAUACCGUCGGGUUUUGGUGUCUCUCUCAUUUUCCCUUUUCAAGGAACUUGUUCCCGUCAAGUCCCUUUGUUCGCCAAUUACGAAAGUAUAGCCUAACGUCGUCAUCUUCGUUGAACGUAAAAGACACGCGCCAAGAAAAGCCGCCGGGUAAACAGGCUUUUUCCACCAUCCGGGACGAGAAAAGAAAAGAUCGCUAAAGGAUUCAUCGUCAAAGCUACAUUUUACAAUCGAACCCGCCUCGCGCGCGAGACUCCGGAGGUAUCGAAACUUUCGACGAUCUCGCGCCACGGUCAAGAAAUAAUUUUGCGUCUCGUUAAAGGAUAUAAAAUAAUGGAAAACAAUUUUUUCGACCAAACGUGCCCCAAAAUUAACUCGAUGGACCAAAGCGCGGCAUAUAACGAGAACAAAAAAAAAAAAAAAAGAAAAAGAAAAUAAAGAAGUCCAAAAACGAGUACCCACGAGAAUGGAGAAAAAAAAUUAAAAAAGAAAAUUAACAGGAUAAAAAAGAGGAAGAAAAGAAUAAAAAGUAAACUUCGUUCCCCGAGUCUCGCGCUGAGCGAUCGCAGGUCGAUCAUUGGUCGUUCUUAUUAUAAAGAAUUUUUACGUUACAGGGCGUUUUUUCCUCGGAUUAAGUAGUAUGUAAAUACACCUUGAUAUCACAAGCAUAAACUGAGAAUUUACUGAUAAACUUAAAGGAAGUACAUAAUGCGAAAUAGGGUUAGUUUCUAUGUAAAUACCUAAAGCUGGACGAGUGCAUACACCUCGUUCAUGCAACCAACGAUAAUCGUUUUUAUCGAACCAGAGCUUCUGUUCGUCGUCGGUGUACGCCUGGACGUCGACGAGUGUUCCUAUUCGGAUUAUCCUCUUACGCUCGUCUUAGAACAAAUGGCGGUAAUCUUAGGAGGAAUGCUCUGCGAGCCGAGCGUCGCUGAUCGGGAAAUUCUUUUUUUUUCUCGACACCGAUACUCUCAAGCGCGACACGCGCCAAUGCAUAUACUUACACUUAUACUAAAACGUAACACACAUACGCAUACACACAGAUACACACAUAUACACACAAACACGCACAACACAGAGAUAGCCUUGCGAUGGAUUGUACAGCUAUGCUAAAACAACAUUACCAACUCGAACAACAACUUUCGGCAUUAUCAUAUUACUCUUGCACAACUCGGCACCGAUGAGAAUUCUAUAUAUAUAUAUAUAUUUUUUUUUUCUCUGACUUCGGGCUAGGGACCAACAUUCGGUUUUACUCGCCAUCUAUAAUGAUAAUCGGACCGGCCGUUUAGAUAGAAUGACGAAAGAAACAACGUAACGCUGUUUUAUAUUUGGGACGAAGCGAAGAUCGCGAAUUAUUUUUUAAUCUCGUUUGUCGUGCACGUAUCAAAAUAUAAACGAAGGCUCAUUAAUUAUAGGGAAACAAAGAAAGAAAGAUAGAGAGAGAGAGAGAGAGAGAGAGAGAGAGAGAGAGAGAGAGCGUUGGAUUGAUCGGCAUGAAAGAUUUGUGGAUGUCAUUUUAACUGUAAAGCUGUGUUCUUUGAACAUGACUUAAGGUUGCGAAAUUGUUGAAAGGUUGAAACGAAUGUGCAUGAACGAGAGUGCGGACGAACUUAGCUUCGAGGGCACAAAGUUGAGGUUUAGAUAAAACAAAACGGAAAAGAAAAAAAAAAGAAAAAAUACGAUCCGAAAUAAGAUCCGAGAAAGAUAGAAAGAAUACGAUCCGAUCGGAAAUUUUUCAAUGACUUCGCUUUCAUACAAAAGAUAUAUAUGAUAAUCAAACAAAAACAGAAAGAAAGAAAGAAAAGAAAAAUCAUCGACCGACAAAUGCCAACACUUACAAAAGUCAUUUCAAAAAGAGAACAAUAAAGAUCUUAAUUUUUACGGUCCCUAAGAAAAAUCCACGAAGGAAAAAGAAAGAAAAUAAAACGGGUGCACACAACAAUGCGAUAAGAGUGCAGGAGAACAAAAAACAAAAUGAAAAAAAGAAACAAAAAAAAACAAAGCAAAAAGGAAAAAUGAGAAAAAGAGAAAAGAAAAAUUGUGAAGCUUUCGAAAUGAUACCAAAAAGAAAAAAAAGGGUUAGAAAACGAAUGAAGAACGAUAAAAUCAAAAAAAGCAGUACCAUUUAUCAACACCAUCACCAUCACAAAAGAAAUAGAACAACAACAGCAACAAUACAAAAAACACAAUACCACUCUAACCACCCACGUCGAAAUCCUUCAUGGACACGAGCACACGCACCGUGGACCCAUGAAACGAUUGACAGGCGAGAAUUUUUCAACAAAAAAGAUAAUAAUAAUAAUAAAAAAAAAAAAGAAAAACGGUGCAUCCUGCCGUGCGCCGAGGGUUGCUUUUUCAUGUCGAAUGCAAAAGUAACGAUGAAAGAUAAAAAAAAUAUAUAAGUUAGAGAAAAAGCGCACACACACACAUUCGAACGGGGCAGCCAAUUGAAAUUUUCCCCAUUAACCACUUAACCUUUUCCAACCGUGAAUCUGACAGCCCCUACCCCCUCAAUCCACCCUCUAAUUCCCAAGUCCACUACCACUAUUCCAUACCCCUCUACCAAAUCCAAAAAAAAAUAAUAAUAGAGAGACCGAGUGAGAAAGAAAAAAAAGAAGCAUAAUAAAAUAUCAAUCACACACAUCUCCGCGCGAGAAGGAGGAAUUCCCGAGGCGCCGGCCCGUGCCCCGCGAACGUUGUAUCAUAAUUUUAAAUUAAAUGAAAAUAAUAAGAAGUAACGCAAAAAAAAAUAAUAAAAAAUAAAUAAAUAAAUAAACGCUAAUAAUAAUAACGCGAAAGAAAAGCUAAAAAAAAAAUAAAUAAAUAAAUAAAUAAAUAAACACAAUGAAAAGCACACAACAUUACAAUAGCUCUAGUAGUGUAUGUUCUGUAAUCGAAGCAGGAAUAAGCGCAGAUAAAUGAUAAAAAUAAGCGCGCACGUCACGACGCUCACCUUUUCCUUCAAAAAGAGGUGGGAGAACGACGUGCCGCUAAAAAAAAGCACAAAAAAAUAAUUUACAAAUAUAUUGAUUUACAUAUGCCCGUAACUAAUAAGCGGGUCGGUGGCGCAGCGCUCGCAAGCAGUACUCGCCCCAUUUAUAAGGAGCUCUCUCUAAACCCCCCCAUCCUCUUCCGUAAAAAAGGGCAACGAUCUUCUCUCUCGUUUACUCAUUCACGGGAUCACCGUUGAACCUAUCAAACUCGGGCCAGUAGGUAAAAUGCGAAUCUUCGAAAAGCGAGAGAAACGGAGAAUGGGAGAGCGUACGAACCCGAAAGGUUGAAACGGUCCCUGUGCGAGCCGACCGGACUUAAUUCUAGUCUAGCUCAACGAGAAGGAGACGAUCCCGAUUAUCACGCCAAGAAAUAAAGAAACAGAGAGAAAGAGAAAGGAAGAGAGAGAGAAAGAGAGAGAGAGAGAGAGACAGACAGAUACAGACAGAUAUGUAAAUUAUCGGAGACGAGUCUACGCGGCGAGACCCUGCAAAACCGACCCUAACCAUAAUCUUAAUCUCUUUCAUGUAAAUUUGCUAAAUGUUUAAAUAAUCUAAAACUUGCCAUAGCCCGGAUGCGCUGGUGCAUACUCCCAGCGCAUACACACUACAAAUACGACUCGACCUAACGAAUAAACGCAAAAAUCCGCGGCAACGUCUCCAAUGCAAACGACGUUUAAGGGGUGAGCGACGCCCACGUCAAUCAAUGGGGACGCCCGCGGUAGAAUUGGUAUUCUCGACAAGGAACAAUUCACAACAGGCACAGAUUACAACUACAGCAACAGAGGAACACGAGCAAUUACCCGAAUACAUCGGACACAAAUACACGCACAGCAAUUGGUAAGGAGAGCCCUGUACACAUAAACACAUUCUUAUUACACGCUCGACAAACUCUUACACUAUAUCUACACUUCGUACACAUAAUAAAUACACAUGCUACGGAUAUGUAAAGCCAAUUGAUUUUGUAAAUUGUCUAAAAAAGGAAAUUUUUCGUGUGAGUUUUAAACGCAAAAGAAGAAAAAGAAAAGCAAAUAUAAUUUCAAGAUAGCACAAUGUGGCAAUACAACAAUUCAAACAUAUUCGGCCCAAUAUCUACAUCUAUAUCAAUAUUUUCAUGCGACAAUUCGAAAUAUCGCACCGAUCCGUCUGGAAUGGAUUUGUUGGAGGAUAUUUGAAUCGAACCGUCCUUCUAGGUGGAAAGGAUCCAUACCACCGAUGAAAAAAACUUCACGGUGGCUCGAGCAAAAGAAAAACAAACAAAAAAAAAAGAAAAUCAAAUAAAAAAAAGCAAAAAAAAACACAAAAAGCUAAUGAUUUGAAUAAUAGAAAGAAAAAUAAAUGAAUCAGUAAGAAAACAUUCGCGGCCUUUGGCAUACGUUUGGAUGCAGAACCGAUGAUGAAUGAGCUUGCACGGAAUCCCGUGCGAUCUCCAUAGUCCCCCGGACUUGACGAAAGAAAACCCGGCAAUGAUACGAACGAACUCUCCAUAGCGAAGAGUUUCGAUCCUGACGAUGGACAGACAAUGAGGUGCCGCAAAGUAGUCCAAUGGACAAAAAUACGAAUGGACGAAAGAAAAGGAAGAAAGAAAAGAAUGUGAAUGAGAGAUAAUCGUCACGAGAAAGACUUACGGCAUCUCGGCAUAAUCUAGUGAACUGUCUGUUCCACGAUAUAUAUAUAUAUAUAUAUAUAUAUAUAUAUAUAUAUAUAUGUAUGUAUAUGUAUGUAUGUAUGUAUACAUAUCUCAUAAAAAAAUAAAAAAUAAAAUAAAAUAAACGAUGAGAAGAUGAAGAUGAAGAAGAAUAAGAAGAAUAAGAAGUCGAAGGAGAAGAAAGGCGCUAUUAAAUAAGACGACCUAGGAAGUGGCAGCGGCGUUGUAGGAGCCGUUGUUCGAGUACGGCUUUACAAGCAAAAACCGUUGGUUUGUUUUCGAUCGGGUUUUAAUUUUUUAAUGAAAUAAUCUCACGACGAAUAUCGCGUACGAUCGAGAUCGCUGAUUUCAAAUCGAAAAAAGGGCGAAUGACGUAUGUGUAUAUUCGUGGCAGUGUGUAUCGUAAGUGCGCAGCAUAUGAUAAAACCGACAGUCUUGCAGUGCGAGCGCCUCGGCAGCAUUCGCGUCUUCACGCGGUGACCUUGACCGAGCCUCCGUGAUUAAAAACCGGAAUAAGUUGUUUCAAUGUCCACUAUAUAAAUGAAGAGCCAUAGUCGUUAUGAGGCGGUGACUCCAAUCUCGAUAUCGUCGACGACCGAGCAAGUCCGUCCAUAAUUUCGAUUUUAUCUAACUUUAACUAGAACCUAAAACGACGAUCUAAUAAAUUCGAAUGCAAUUUGAUGAUUAAUAUGUCGUGUGACAAAAUUUAAAGUCGAACUUUUCGGAUAAUAUUUCUCGAUCGGUGAGCGAUAACGUAUCAAAUUCAGAGGUAUACUGAUAUGUACCAAAAGAAAAUAAUAUAUUUCGCGUAAAAAGAAAAACAGAAGGAGGAGAAGGAGAAAGAGAAAAAAGAACAAAAAUUUCGCUCACUACUCAGGACGGAUAAGAAUCGUAUCAUAUCGCGUGAGAAAAAAUAUUAGCAAAAAUAACAUCCAAAGGAGUGGCAACUGCCUUUUCAUUCGGACGACCAACAACAACUGCGAUUCUCGACGAUGACGAGCAUUCGGAGCCAUCGCGUGGGUCCGUCACUGAAGGUCUCGUGAUUCUAGCGAACGCGGUGCCUUCGUGACGGGCGAUACUCUUUUUCAAAAUAUUCUCCAAGUUUUCGUUAAUGAGAAUGUGUUUUUUCUCCCUUGUAUCCCUUAGUGAACCCUCUCUAUUCGUAUCCGAGGUGAAAGACCGAGUCCGAUCGCAAAACAAUACGAUUAGGGACAAUCAAUCAAUUAUACGAUGAACGUAAAAAACGAAAGAGUAUUAAAAGAACAAAAAAUACAUACGUAGAAAAAACAAACGAAUGAAACAUAAAUAAGGCCUAAAAUGAAAUCGAUGAUGACACAUAACCGUCCGUUGAGUGGGUGCCUUCGUCAGGGUUUUCCGUUACAUUAAACGAACGUUUUCAAGUAUAACUCACAAUUAGUAGUGUUAUGGUAGAACAGUAAUUACAGUGUACCGCAGUAAACAAUUAACUAAGUAAGUAUACAGGAAGCACGUGGUCUUUUUCAGUGUCUACAGUAUCGUCGUACACCACCGUGCAGUGGAACGACCGGAAACACCGGAUUCAUUUCGCGUGCAGUUCCCUUCCCGCCAAUUUCACCUCUUACCCUCCAUCGUCAUUACUAAUCCAAAAAAUUUCGCUAAGCAGCUCGAUUCGAUUCAGUAAAUUGACAAAAUGACGGAUGGAUCGAAAAUUUUUGAUCGAAAGGAAAAUACUUCGAAAUACCCUCCCAUAUACCCGUCCUACCGAAUCCGUCGUUUCGACGCCAUCCACCGUCCGCGAGAUCAGAGAUACAAUCAGCAUUUAACAGAUAAAUAUGAUAAUAAGUGUACUAAGUGUCAGUAGUUUAGCCAACGUGUACAUUGUAUACUCCAAUAGAGGAAAGGAAGGGAAAGAAGUAAGAUGGAUAUAGAACAAGAAAAGAAACAACUUUAUAAAGAAGAUAGUUUAGGAAAGAGAAAUAGAGAGAGAGAGAGAGAGAGAGACAGAGAGAGAGAGAGAGAUAGAUAGAGAGAGAGAGAGAGAAAGCGAGUUUAAAGACGAUUGCACGGUGGAGCCAUAUUUAACCAAUCAAUAUGAUUAAUUAAUAACAGUACCGUAACCAUUUGUCAAGUCGACUUAAUUAACAGUUAAGCAGAAUGCAUACGUAUACACUUGCAUACAUACAUACAUACAUACAUACACACAAUAUAUAAACACACACACAAGAUAUAAACACACACACACACAUCCAUACAUACACGUUUAGUUACGUAAAAGAUAUAUUUACGUAUCCAAUGUGUAACACACAACAUAAACACGAAUACGCGAUGAUACAAAGGGGGAGAUAAUAACACAAGAAACAUAAAAACAUCCGUACUCAAGAGUAUGUAAGGAUCAAGCGAUCGCACAGUAUCGCUCAUUACUUAUUAAAUAAAUCGCGUAGGCACUCACUACGGAUAGGAAAGUAGAGGACUUUGGGACUCGGACCCGGAUAAGAGGGUGCCUGAACGCACAAGCCACUUCACUCUCGCGUAUGUAGUCUACGUGUUUCCCUCUCGUCGAGAGCAUAAACGAUCGGAAAAAAGUGUGCGACGUGCGUUCAGGUUCUAUCCUGUCGUUAUUUCAAUUGAUCUUUCCAGUGCAGCCUUGAGUUAUUUCACUUACGGCGUUGCUUUCAACACAAAAUAAAACCCCCACCACCCAUCCCCCACUGGCCACCUGAAAAUCAUCCGCUCAUAUUCCUCGAAAGGAUGACAUACCCUCGACACACCAAUCCUCCUCAGUUUCACACGUACGCGUUGUUUCAAGUUCGUUCGCGAUGUCUCGAUUACGUGAUCGCCCUUUUGGGCACGUCUCCUCGUCCAACAACAAAACGAUUUUUGAUCGAAUACUUUUUAUCGUAUUCUUUUUUCUGUUUUUAUCAUUAUCAACUAUUCCAAAUUUCGAAAAUAUUUGACGAAUCAAAAAUGAUCUCUUUCCAGUCAGUUCGAAUUAAAAUACAUUUCUUUCGUCUUUUCGAAUUCAAAGAUCUAAAAAAUUCGCGAUAACCAUUGGCAAUAAUUGUGACAAAAAAAGAAAAAAAGAAGAAACAAAGAACUGAACGAAUAUUUUGUAUAAAUUGGAAGAGAGGAGGCUUGCCUAAGCCACGACGAUCGAUAAGAUGCGAACGUUGAGUUAAACAUUUUGAAAACUUUUAUGUACAGUUAGUUACCGUGUAAUACAGCGCAUAUUAUCGUUUAUUUCGUUGGCGGUUCCUUUGUCCUGCCUUUCACGAAUCACAACGAUCUUCAGACCGGAUCGUUCUAAAUUUCGAUUGAUUUGGCAAGGUAAACGGACCCACGCCACUUUAAUGGUAUCGAUUGAGUUUGGUCGAAGUCCCCUUUUGGGCAAACACACCGACGCACUUCCGGUCCCGCUGGCUCGCCGUAAAUCAUUCAAGAAAAAGAGAGAGAGAGAAAGAAAGAGAGAGAGAGAGAGAGAGUCAGAAAGCCUCCCGUUCGAAAUUCGAUUCUAGUCAAAAAAGGUACAAAGCCGAAGCGAGUGGAGCUCGUUGCGGAGAAAAUCGGUACUUAUUUUAGCAUAUGUUAUAAAACUAAACAAAAGGAAAUGGAAAAAAAGGAAGGAGAAAAAAAUCGGUCAAAGUAAAGCACGGGAGAAGCUCUUAGAUGAUCGUAAGAAAGGAAAACAAAAGCAGAAAUUAAAGGGUAGGAAGAGAAGGGGGAGAAGAGUAGAAGGGAUGAAAAAUCGGCCGAUUUCCAAAAUACGCGGCCUAGCGGGACCGUACCCGAAAGAAUAUAUCCGCGCGUUGUUGACAAAACAUAGCCUCUUUUCGUUGUACAUCACACGUCGGCCAUGACACGGUCGAUCUCCAUUGUAUGAGGAAGAAAAAAGAAAAAAAAAAGAAAGAAGGAAAGAAAGAAAGAAAGAAAGAAAGAAAGAAAGAAGGAAAGUAAGUAAGAAAGAAAGAAAGGAAGGAAGAAAGAAAGAAAAGAGAAAAAAAGUACGACACUCUUUCCGAAAGAAAAUACAAAAAAGAAUAAAAAUUUGCAAAAAAAUGGAUGUACGGUGCGAAUGAAUCUUUCGAGAAGCUUCGAUCGUUGUUCCGUCGCGUUUUUCAGUUUUUCUUUUUCUACCGAACCGCAACCGUUAAAUAACCCCCGACCUACCCCCAUUCGCUUAAGGCAAGGUCCACGAAACAGAGGCCUCUUCUUAUCUGAAUCAUAAUUUAGAAAGAAAUCAGGCCUCGGUCUUGCGAACCAAGCCAUUCGAUACCGCGGUUAAUCCUUACAAUUAUUGCUAUUACUACUAUUAUCAUUAUCAUUAAUAUCAUUACGAUUUAUUAGUUGUAUUAAUAAUUAUUAUAAACAUUGCUGGGGGCAAUUGGAAGCGUAUUUUAUAGAGAAUAUAUAUAUAUAAAUCUAUAUAUAUAUAUAUAUAUAUAUAUAUAUAUAUAUAUAUGUAUGUAUGUAUAUCUAUAAAAAAAAAAGAAAGAAAGAAAGAAUGAGAUAGAGAAAAAAAAGAGUGCAAGGGCUAGGUAAAAAAAUUUCCCGAUUCGUCGAAGCCAUAAUAUAUGAAUUAUUUUUUAUGUUAUAGCCUUAUAUGCGUAACGCUUAAGAAACAAAUACCGAUGAGAUGCGAUGGCGAAGGAAGCAAAAAGGCCACAUUCUUUUUAUAUUUAUUUAUUUUUUAUUUUUAUUUUUUUUUUUUUUUUUUGGAAAAACGCUUCUUUCUUUUUGUCACCUCUUCUUCUUUUUUCUUUUUUUUACGUUUGUUCUUUCCGUUUUCUUUUCCUUUAAUUUUUUUUUUUUGUUUUUUGUAUCUUUUCUUUUAUAUUUAAUACUUUACCUACAGACAUACCUACACGUACACUUUAUAUACGUACACACAUGGUAAUGCUUGUUAAAUAUUAUUAUACAUAUAUUAUAUUUAGGCGAAUAUUUAUGUAAUGUAAAGCCCGCGUUUGGUCUCACGUAGGUGAAGAACGCGAAGAAAAGAAGAAGACGCGUUCCUCGUCUUAGAUUUUUCGUUGCAAAUAUUAAAUAUCGCGGCGUCACUAUUUUAUCUCGUCGCUUAUUUGAUUUUUCUUUUUUUCAUUCUUUUUUUUUUCUUUUCCGCGACAUAAAAAGAAAACGACAUUAAAAGAGGCAAAAAAUCACAUAUACGAACGCGAGAACGAGCUUACUCGUAAUUACGCCAGUUCGCAAUUAGCUUUAUUCCGUCUAAAUUCUCAGGAUCCUUCGAAUUCUCAUUCUCGUUGUUCGAAGUUUCGACGAAACGUUUAAAACAAGAAUAAUCCUCGUAGUUUCUUCUUCUUCUUUUUUUUUUUAAUUUGAAAAAAAACAAAAGAAAAAAGAUAGUAAUAAUAAAUAAAUGAAUAAAAAGGAAAAAAAAAAGAAAGGAAAAAGAAUAGAACAUUUAGAUUUUUCUCGAAUUAACUAAGUACCUUCUCGAAGACAAAAAAAAAUUUUGUUUCAAUCGAAAAAUGGCAGAUACGAAGAGAAACCUCUUUUAUUUGCGUUUUCCUUCUUUUCCUUACGUCGUUUACCUACUCUCAUAAGUCUCUUUCCUUGUCUUUUAGUCGAUGACGAAAGAGACAAAUCGAAAAUGUCUGAUACGUUCCUCCUUACCCUCGUUUACGUAUACCAACUUUAAUUUUAUUCGUUGGUAGUCGAAGAGUAACCUGCCUAACUUUUUUUUCUUUUUUUUUUAAUUUUUUCUUUCCCGGUCAAUCGUCACUUACUUUCUGAAUAAUGAGUCUUUGCUUUACAUUUGAAAAAGAAAAGAAAAUAGAUAUAGAAAAAGAAAAAAAAAAAGAAAAGGAAAAAACCAUUUUAAAUGAGAAUUUUAAUUAAACAAUAUAGUUUGUCUUUUACAUCCCCAUCCUCGCGUACUCUUCGAUUACUUUUCGAACGUUUUCGUUCACCUGCCACCGCGUUAAACUUCACUUGAUAGUUUCAAUUUCGGUCCCAAACGUUAAGUUCCUAUUAUGUUCUAUCGAUUAUGUCUGAAGGAAAGUAAUUAAUUAAAAUAAUAGAUGUCGUUGAAAAAGAAAAGAAUAAAAUCAAAUAUGGACCGUCGAAAAGUCGAACGAGGAGCGCGGUAUUACGUGAACGAUCUCGUCAAGUUAUGUUUGCUAGUCAGAAUUGGUUUAAAAAAACGAUGAAGCAAGCUAGAGAUAUUUUUUAAUAAUAAAUUAAUUAAUUGAUUAAUUAAUUAGCACUACUGCCCUGUUAUUCUUAACUUCAAUCGAUUUAUUGUUUAUUAAAUGAUUAAUUAAAUUAGAAACGCGGUCUGAUUUCUAUCGUCUGAACUCUCCCGCAUAGUUAUAAGUAAAUCGAUUUAACUUACACGUAUACAAAACUACGGUUCUUUAGUUACUAUUCUUUAGUAGAAUGAGAGAAAGAGAGAGACGCGUCAGCAUAAAUUUAAUCGAUUCAUUGAAUAAGAAAGUUUAAUUAGAGUUUCUUAUCUCUUGGGACGUAUAUGUGUUAUAAAAUAAUUCGUUAGAUGCAAAAAAUUCCUUCUUUUUAUUCUGUUUUUUUCGUCUAUGUAUGUUUAUACAUAUGUGUGCAUAUAUAUAUAUAUAUAUGUGCAUACAUAUUUUAUAACAAAUUUCUAAUGCCUUAACGAACACAUGUUGCACGGGUGGCGUAACUAUCGCGUCUGUAACAACUCGUAGUGUCGACACUACCAUCACUACUACUUAGUAAUAUUACACUUACUGCUACAGCUUUUGUUAAGUAACGCUAACGUUAUAAUUAUUUUUAUUAUUGCCACUGUCAUUGUCAUUAUUAUCAUUACCAUCAUUAGACAAACUAUUAUUAUUAUUAUUAUUAUUAUUUUUAUUAUUUUUUAUUAUUAUUAUUAUUAUUAUUAUUAUUAUCAUUAUGAUUAUUAUUAUUAAUUAUUAAUUAUUGACUAUUAUUAUUAUUAAUUAUUAAUUAUUAUUAUUAUUAUUAUAUUAUUAUAUUAUUAUAUUAUUAUAUUAUUAUUAUUAUUAUUAUUAUUAUUAUUAUUAUUAUUAUUAUUAUUACGAUUACUAUUACUAUUAUUACUACUAUUAUUGCUAUUAUUAUUAUUAUUAUCAUUAUCAUUAUCAUUAUAUAAUUAUGUUAUCUGUUCAGCACGCUUUAAAAAAAAAAAAGAGAAAGAAAGAAACCAUGUUGCAAGCUUUCUGUUACACGUGUUUUUCUUUUUUUUUUUAGGCAAAUGAAAUGUGAUUAAAAUUUAAUUCUUCAAUUUGAAUUCGUUCGGUUAUUAUCGGCCUUGUUUUCGAUUUAUUUCUUUUUAAAGUGGCUCAUUAAAACAAAUUUCGUAAUCGAUAGCCCAACGUACGAACUGUACGAAAUCUUUAAAAUACGCUAACGAUUGUCGUACGGAAUUUUUUAGAACAUGUGCAUUUAAGAAAAAGAAAAAGAAAAAGAAAAAAAGAAAAAAAAAAGAAGAAAGAAAAGGCAUAAUCGUUACCCCAUAUUAUCUUGGCUGCGAGAUAUCGGGAAUUCGAGAGCAGCGUUUGAUUUGCUAAUUCGAUCGAAGAUUAUCAAUAAUCCUAAAUUGUAAAGAAUAAUUUCAAUGGACUGAAAUACGAUCGAUCAUCUCGUAUUAAUUCGUCCAUCUCUAAAUGAAAGAACGCAUGACAACAAAGUCGCAUAUGUAUAUCUUCGCAUUCCCGAUUUCUCGUUCUUCGUUAUCAGUUAUCAUUCUUAGUUAUUAUUCAUUGACUCUAUUUGCUACUAUUACACACAACUAUUAUUAGUUAUCGCUAUCGACUUUUUCAAAAUGCGACCCUAUUGUCGAUCGGCGAGCGAGGUGACUGUUUCUAUUGCCCCUCGUCUCGUAAUGUCGCACAAACAACCACGUCGACCAAGAGACGCGCCAAUGAGUGCAGUUUUUUUCUCAAAAACGAUACCCUCUCGGCGUACUAAAAAAUAAAAGAAAAAGAAAAAAGGAGAAGAUGGAAAAUAGAUGAAAGAGAGAAUGAUAGGAGUUACUAUAUAGAAGAUACCAAAACUAUAUCUACUGGCGACAGAACGAAAAAAUAGAGAGAGUAAGAUAGAGAGAGAGAGAGAGAUAGAGAGAGAGAGAGAGAGAGAGAGAGAGAGAGAGAGAGAGAGAAAGAAAGAUAAACAAAGAGAAGCAAGCUUUCUUUUCAUCGAGAAGAGGCCAUUUUCGGAUAACGACCAAAAAAAGAACCUUCCUGCUUGGACAAAUUUCAAUAUGUUUUUUACAGCACUGGCUAACAAUGUCGACUCAUCGAGACGAUAAAAGGGGCGUGCGAUUAGUGAUAAUGAACAGAGGAAGGUUAAUAUCCAGAAGGGCUAUGAUGAGCCGAGGGUCAAAAGGUUUCUAUUUGUCCCUCGUGACAACUACGUCCGGCGAGAAAUUUCUUUCCUUUUUCUGAAUGACCGCGACGACAAAUAAGAGAGAAAAAGAAAUAGAAAAGACUAUACGUAGGAUCCUCCAAGCGCCAUGUACGUAGCGAGCAGCUUGUACACAAUUUCUAACUAACUUUGGGAAUAAUCGACGCGCAAAAAAAAGAAUUAAAAAAAAAAAAGUAUGUACGAAAGGAAAAAAGUACCUAGGAAACAAUCAUUAAGAAUAAUAAAUGAGUACACGAGAGAGAGAGAGAGAGAGAGAGUGAGAGAGAGAGAGAGAGAGUAUGUUUGUGAAAGGAUAUUUGAUUCAUUUGUAUGCGAGAGUGAAAGAGUAAGAGAGAGAGAGAGAGAGAGUGAAUGAAAAAUAGAAAAAAUGAAAGAGAGAAAGAGAGAGAAAAAAGGUUUAAAAAAGUAUCGGGCGUUAACUCACCAAUCUCUUUCGGUUACGAAUGAGUUCCGCAUUGUGUAGAAUUUUCUAAUAAUGAUUACGAAAUAUAUAUAAAUAUAUAUAUAUACACGUAUAUGUCUGUAAUAUUUCAGAAAGUGACGAGAAUUUUUCGAUAAUCGUGACGCGAUAAAUUUUGAGCGAGCGAAAGAGAAAGAGUGAGAGUGAUCAAAGGCAAAUCAUUAAGAAAACGAGAAAAAGAAAAAAAGAAAAAAAGAAAUGGGAAAAUAAAACACUCGCGAUUAAUAGUCUUUUUGCAUGAAAGAAUUCACAUCUCUAGAAACUAAUUCUUUUUUUAUUUUUUUUUUUUUCCGUUAAAACUAUUACUUUUCGAAACAAGGAGAAGCACCUCCGCAUUUUUAUGAACGAUAGAGAAAGAGUGAUGAUACGUAAUAAGAGAGCGAGACAAAAUUCGAAAUUCAUUGUGCGAUUCAAAACUCUUACUCGUGAGCAGUGUUCGAUAAAAUUUGACGUAAUAAUAUAUCGAAAAUUACGCUUCAGACUAUCGGAUUAUUACGAUAUAUUUAUCGUAUCGAAAACGUUCCUUUUGUAUGAUGAACGAACGUUUAAAAUUUAAGUUACGACAGCACAAUAAAAAAAAUGGUCUUUCGAAGAGUCGAGGAGCGCUAUUUUCGAGAUAUCGAUCUAUAUUGUCGUUAAAAAAAGAAGAAAAUUACGUUCAUUUGGAUUCGAAAGAUUUAAAAAGAAAAGUAGAAAAACAAAAAGAAAAAAAGAAUUAGAUUUCGACGAAUUAACGUACGGAGAGAUAUCUCGAAUGCAGAUCCUUCGAUUGAUACGCGAACAUAUCAAAUUAAUAAUACUAAAAAUAUCAUUUUCGAUAAAUUGUAUUACUAUUAUUAUUAUUAUUAUUAUUAUUAUUAAUAUUAUCGUUAUUAUUAUCAUCAUCAUCAUCAUCAUUAUUAUUAUUAUUAUUAUUAUUAUUAUUAUCAUCAUCAUCAUUAUUAUUAUUAUUAUUACCAAUAUUAUUAGAUGUAAGAAAGCCGAUCAAAAAAAAUGAUAGGAAAUCUAUACGUCUAUUGAACUAUUGAACACUGCGCAUCGACGUUUCGACGAAAAAGCAUCGUUUUGUAAAAUCUCUUGUUAGAUAUAGGAUUGAGGUAAAAGAAAGGAGAGUGAAAACGAGCGAAUCAGAUCGUACAGAAAAUCGACUUCAUUGUCUUCGCGAGAAGGACCUCCCGAAAACAAAAUAAUGCAGACAAAAAAGAUUUAUUUUUUCCAUAUUAAGAAAAAUAAGAAUAAGGGGAAUAAAAACUAAAUAAAGAGGCAUACGUUGGAAGCUGCGCGUUUUGUUAUAGAUACAUAAUAAUUAUAGAGAAAACUUAGGGUAGGGAUAUAUUAUAAACUAGAUAGGGUGGCAACUCAGUGCGACACGCAUAACAAAGAAGAUCCUUCCCACGAAAUUAAGAGGUCGAUUUAUCUGUCGAUAAUUGCGCGGAGGUAAGAAGAAAGCCGAACCAUAAAGACAAAGGGGGAAAAAAAAGAAAAGAAAAAAGAAGAUGAAGAUAGUCGGCCGAUCUCUCGCGUCUUCCGGCUGAACGAUCUUUCGCGGCAUCCGCUUUUGACGCUUUUGCGGAGUAGCCAGCUUUCUCAACGGUGUCAACGACGAAUAAUAAAGGACGAGGUGGAGGCUGCGCCGUAGCAAAAAAAAAAAAAUAAAAAAACCUAAAAUCAUUAAUUAACGAUAAGUGUAAAUAUUAUUUAGGAGAGGCGUUGCGACACACGGUAUCCCACGAUGAAAAUUACUAUUUAAUGAAAAAGAAAAAAAAAAUAAUAAUAAUAAUAAAUAAUAAUAAUAAUAAAUACGGUAAGAUAGUGAGAGUGACUCCCUUCUCCUCGUCCGAAAUUCCGCGAACAUAUAAGAUCGUUCAUCGUUUGCCGGACGUGCGCGGGCCACCGGCGAACCUAAAUUUAAGCACGUUUUUAGAAAUUAAUCGCGAAAAAUUGUGAGUGUGUUUUAAGCUGAACGUCGUUUUUGAGAUUGCUAAAUUUUCUUCUGAAAAGAAAAACGGAUUGAUUUUCGAGCUGCUAAAGUAUAUCGAACGAAAAUGAUUCCGACGAAAGGGAACGAAAAAAAAGAAAAGAAAAUAAAAGCGGACGUUUUAAGCAGGAUACUGAAACGAAUAGAGAAAGAGGAAUAUGUGUGUAAGAGAGUAAAAAACAAAAAAAAAAAGAAACAAAAAAGAGCGUACAUACAUGCGUGAAAAAGAGAGAGUGAACGAGCGAACAAGAAUGAGUGAGAAAAUAUAAACAAAAUUUUACUACCAAAUGAACUAGAAAUCGCAACCGAUGGGUAUUACUAAGGGGAUAUAAAAAAAAAAGCUAAAUAUUCGGAGCGUUUUUUCGAUAAAGAAAAGCGUCCAAAAUUGUACCUAUUUUCAUUUUAUAAAUUAUAUAUAAAUAUAUAUAUGUAUAUGUAUAUGUAUAGAUAUACGACGACCUAAGCGAUCAUUAAUGUGGAAUGCAAUUGAGAACCGAAGGAGUAAAGUGAAGAAGAUAAAAAAUUAUUGUACCUAUAUUCGGAGAGUGAUCGAUAGCGUAUUCGAGUCGUGAUUAUUAUUAUGGAAAAUUAUGAUCAUCGUCAUCAUCAUCAUUAUUAUUAUGAAUUAUUAUUAUUAUUGAUAAUAUUAUUAUUAUUUUUUAUUAACAUAAUUAUCUUUAUUAUUAUUCAUUAUUACAUACGAUCGUUGUGCAUAGAUAAAGCUAAAGUGAUCGAAACUUUGCCGAAAUUAUCAAAACUCAAAAUACCUUUACAAGGAUCGAAAGCAAGAUCGAGAAAAUGUAGUCAGAACGAAAGUAAGAAAGGACGUGAGAGUGAGAGAGACAGAAAGAGAGAGAGAGAGAGAAUGAGUGAAUGAGAGAGUGAAAGAGCGAGAGAGAGAGAGAGAGAGAGAAAGUAUACCUCAAUAUCGAUGAUUACAUAUUGCGUGUCGACCGACAAAAAGAGUCCCUCUCCCUUUCAGUAAACAAAAAAGGUCGUUAUUAAAGAAAUAAAAUUUCUAAAAAAGGAGGUCACGACCUCGAAUCAGGUUGAACACACGAAUAACAUAAAUUUGCAGACAAAAUUACGAAAAUAUAUUAUUACGUAAGGCCGAUAACAGGCAAAUAUUUAAAAUAGAAACAAAAAGCAAAAUCUGUUUCCUUUCUUACUAUUGUUAUGAUAUAUGAAUGACGAUUUUCUCCGAACAAAAUAAAAGAAAGAAAAAAAAAGAAGAAAGAAAGAAAAAGAAAAAAUGGUAACAAAUCCAAAACGACAACUCAUUUCUUCAUUUCAUUUUCUACAAUGACCAAAUGUUUAAAACGAAAGAAAGAAAGAGAGAGAGAGAGAGAGAGAGA